UUUGGGUCACAUAGUCCCCCCUUUCUGCCCUUUAAGAAGCCCUGAGCAGAACGCCAACAUGCACUCUGCGGCCAGAAUGCUGAGAGUCCUCCUCUUUCUCCUUGAUGUUGGGGCCGCUCAAGUGUUAGCAACAGGCAAGACUGCUGGAGCUGAAACUGAUAUCAAAUAUGCCAUCAUCGGGACUGCUGUGGGCAUUGCCAUAUCGGCCGGGUUCCUGGCCCUGAAGUUCUGCAUGAUCAGGAAGCACAUGUUUGAUAACGAUUCCUCUGACCUGAGAAGCACAAACGUGGGCUUCAACGAGACCAUUGCACUAAAGAAGAGAGCUUCAAGGUUAAACCUCAAUUUCUCUGAAAGCCAUCAGUUUGGCAGAGGUGUCAGAUUUUCGACGCUGCUGUGAAGUCUCAGAAUAGAAGUGGGGACAGGAUCCGAGGUUAUGGCUAAAGGAGCUCUGUUCCCAGGAAGGAAGACAUCUCCUUCAGGUUUAUCUGAAUGGUUGGUUCACAACUCACUUCCCCUAGUCCUGCUUUCCCGCACCUCAUGUACCACCCACGUGCUCUCACUGUCCUUUUUGAAAAAUCUUCAAAGCCACAGAAAUGUUGAAAGAACAGUGCAAUAAAAAUAUUUUGCGCUGUUUGCUUUAACUGUGCAUGCAUAAUUUUUUCUGAUUCACUUAAAAACUAGUGUAGAUAUAUUUACCCAUCUUGUAUCUCCUGCAUAAUCACAAUGACAGGAAUGGUAAGAAAUGAAUGGAAAUGGGUAGUAAUUCAAUAGUAUCAUCUCUUCCACAGCCUGUAUUCAAAUUUCUCUGUUUCCCAGGUUUAUAGUUCUAUUUCUCCAAGCCAGGAGCCACUGUACUUGAUUUUGUCCCUUUUUAGUUUCUCUCGAUGUUGCUUUCUCUCCCCAUGGCAUUGUCAGUUUUGAAGUACUUAAGCUUCUUGCAUUAUGUUCUAUUUCCUGGAUUUGUCUGUUUCCUCCUGAGAAGAUUCAGAUUGAGAAUUUUGUCAUGAUUACUGCAGAGGUGAUACUGGGUACAUAUCUUUCAGUGCACUGCAUCAGGAGUCACAUGACUCCAGGUUCUCUCACUGUUAGUGACACUGCUUUUAAUUGCUUGGCUAAGGAAGUGACAACUAGAUCUCUCCUGGUAGAGAGAAAAAUCCCUCGUUUGCAAUGAGUAAAUAAUCUAAGGGGUGGGACUUUGAGACCGUGGGAACACCCUGACCCAAGUAAUUCUUCACCCAAUGGUUUUACAUCUGUUUGUGACCCAUGUUUGAAUAGUUAUUGCAUUGAGGGCUACAAAGUACCGAGUUUCUAAUUCCAGCAUUCCUUCUAUGUUUAAUAGCUGGCAUUCCUCUCUUAUUUGUGGAAUAUUAUUCCUAAGGACUUCAAUGCAUUAUAAUUCAUCACCACCAUGAAUCUUUUUGAUGUUUUAAGUUGUCCCAAGUUAUCAAUACAAAUCAAUUCAUGGUGGCUUUAGACUGGAUUCCAGUAGUCGCUAAGAAUUUCAUGGACUUCUGAAACGACACAAUGUUCCAGGCUCACCUUACACUGCUCCUGCUCAGAUUUGGAAUCACUCAUUUCCCCUAGAUCCAUGUUUUCCUACCCCCUCCUCCAACCUCCUUCUUUUCUUUAACAUUGAGCAGUUUUUAGAAACCAAGAUCUGUGCACAUUGGGUGCUUAUGGCUACUGAGGCAUCAUCACUUGGAGACCUUUUCAAUGGACAGUCAACACAUGCGUAUUUACCAAUAUACAUCAAAAACUCAGCAUCAUAACAUUCUUCUUAAGAUUUCCUCAUUCCAUAUUUCUAUUUUGCCUCCUCUAAAGUGAAAGCCCUGUUUCAAAACCAUAUAAAUAUUUUAAUCCAUUUGCUCUAUCCUAUAAUACACAUAAAAUAUAUACUUCAAGAAUUACAAUACUGUACAACUACAAACUCACUUAAAAAUUUCUUUGCUGUUCUUUGUUCUUAGCAUUUAGCCCUUCAUAUGCACAGAGUAUUGUGUUCAAGUUGAACUAAUUAUUUUCUCAGUGUGGUUAUGCUAUCAAUUAUAUAUAUAGUUAGAGAUAUUUGUUUCAGUGUAUAUGCUGGUCUUUGGUUCAUUUCUUAACCUUUGUAGUUUAAUUUUAUUUUUUGAGUAUGUGAAACACAGAUACAGUUUUAAACUAGAAAUGUGUAAAUAGGUAAACUUAGAGAUGUUCUGCUCUCCUGUCCACCCCA